UAAAAAAAAUAAUAAUAAUCAAUGCAGAGAAGUCCUUAGGAGUCAAAUGAUGUCAAUAGGAGGUGUUUUUGGUAAUUACGGAGAAAACGGUCUAAGUCUUUACUCAAUUUUCAUGUCAGAGUCGACACUAUUUAACUGCAUUCCCUUCUCCUCAGAGGCAAACACACAGGCAAAGAGAGAGAGAGCGAGAGAGAAGGUUUAGAGGUUACCGGUGAUGGAAUCACGGUCAAAUUGCAGCCGUUGAUAUUGCAUACUCUCUCUGUCCGCGGCUUUUUCUCAUUAACGGCCGUGAUCUGUCCUCCUCUUCCUUCUCUCUGUUCAGCAAACUUGGUGAGUUUUCGUUUCUUAGGCAUCCUAAAGUUCCAUCAGUGGUUUCUAUGCAAAUGUAGCUGUUUUGCUACUUUUUCGCCCGCGGCCACACGUUGUGGCCUUUUGUUCUUGAUGUGAACUUCUAUUUUGGGGCAGUUUACGUCGACUGGUUCAGUUAAUGCUUGCUUGGCAUGCGAUUACCUCUCUCAUUCUGUUGGUGUCGGCAGUUAAGUUGGGCACCACCCGCUUGAGAGAGAAGGAUCUCUUCAUUACCGUCACCUAAUUUUCUGUACCUUGUUAUGGCUAGUAAGUUGGACAGUCCGGUACAGACCCAGGUGGCUGUUGCCGUUUUUAAUGGUAUAUGUAAUGGAGAGUACCAUGGGAAUACAUGGGCUAGGCCUUCUAGGACGCGGCGCGUAUUUGUGCAGACUGAAACUGGCUGUGUCUUGGGAUUAGAAUUGGAUCGAAAUGACAAUGCUCAUACAGUUAAAAGGAGGCUUCAGCUUGCCCUUAAUGUCCCUACAGAUGAGAGCUCUUUAACAUAUGGUGAUCUCACUUUAAAGAAUGAUCUCAGUGCUAUUCGAAAUGAUUCCCCACUUCUUCUCACUCGAAAUGCCAUGCACAGGAGUUCAUCCACUCCAUGUCUCUCACCUACUGGGAAGAAUUUUCAACAGGGAGAUCGAAGUGGUCCAAUUGAAAUAUUGGGGUGCUCAAAUCGUUUUGCUGGAACAACUGAAUUGGUGAAGGACAUUAUUAGGGCAAUCAAGAAUGGUGUUGAUCCGAUCCCUGUAAAUAGUGGGCUUGGUGGUGCUUAUUACUUUAGAAACAUCAAAGGUGAGAAUGUGGCUAUUGUGAAGCCGACAGAUGAAGAACCUUUUGCACCAAAUAACCCGAAAGGCUUUGUAGGGAAAGCUCUUGGCCAGCCUGGUCUGAAACAUUCAGUGAGAGUAGGGGAAACAGGAUUCCGAGAAGUAGCUGCCUACCUUUUAGAUUAUGGUCACUUUGCCAACGUGCCUCCUACUGUUCUUGUAAAGGUUACUCACUCAGUCUUCAAUGUCAAUGAUGGUGUGAACAGGAAUAAGCAUCAGAACAAGAAGAAGGUCAGCAAGAUUGCAUCACUGCAACAGUUCAUUCCUCAUGACUUUGAUGCUAGUGACCAUGGAACCUCAAGCUUUCCGGUUGAUGCUGUACAUAGAAUAGGGAUUUUGGAUGUUAGGAUCUUUAACACUGACAGGCAUGCAGGAAACCUUUUGGUCAGGAAGCUUAGUGGGGUUGAGGGCUUUGGUCAAGUUCAGCUCAUUCCAAUAGAUCAUGGCCUUUGCUUGCCUGAGAGUUUGGAGGACCCGUAUUUUGAGUGGAUCCAUUGGCCUCAGGCAUCAAUUCCUUUCUCUGCAGAUGAACUUGAGUAUAUAAAGAAUCUUGAUCCAGUUCGUGACUGUGAUAUGUUGCGGGCAGAAUUGGCCAUGAUUCGAGAGGCAUGUCUCCGUGUUUUGGUACUUUGCUCAAUAUUUCUUCAGGAAGCAGCUGCUUUUGGACUGUGUCUUGCCGAAAUUGGUGAGAUGAUGAGUAGGGAGUUCCAUGGCCAAGAGGAGGAGCCAAGUGAACUUGAGGUUGUGUGCCUUGAGGCAAAAAAACUCACAAUGGAGAUCGACAUGUCAUUUUUUGAAGCUGAUGAAAGAGAAAAUGAGUUUCAGUUUGACAUGGAUUGUGAGGCAGCAGAGGUCAAUGUUGGCCCAAAGAUGUCUGGUUUGUUUGCUAAACUGCCCUUUUAUUAUCGGUCUGAAAGUCUUAAUGACCAAGACCUUCUAGCUCAAGUAGAUGAGAAUCUUGAAGAGUCUGAAAUUCAGGUGGAUGGAGGGCCCAUUAGUGCUGCAGUUGCUUGUAGGCACAAAGACGAUUGGGUUUAUACUGUUUCAAGGUUAUCUCUCUCUUUGAAAAAGGUUAACUUGGGUGAGAAAGGCUUCCACUACCACGGUGGAAAACAAAAAGGGAAGAUAAUUGGCUACUCAUCUAGGAUGAGAAGAAGUGCAAAUGAGCAUCUUCCUACAUCUACAAGCCUUGUGAAGUUUGCUGACAUGAAUGAGGAGGAAUGGAAUCUCUUUAUUGAAAAGUUCAAGGAGCUUCUUUACCCUGCUUUUGCUAAGCGAAGGUCUCGAACAAUUGUGGAGAGACAGAGGCUUGGGACUUCAUGCCAGUUUUGAGUUGGUUAAGUCUAUAUCCUGUUGAUGUAGAUUUUAAGGUUUUUGAAGAAUAAAUUCCUUUUAGUGCUGGGAAUUGGCAUUUUUACAUAGGUUUCUUGCACGAUAAAUAGCCUUAGAAGAAGAAAUCAUAGCUGGCAAGGGUAGUGUAUGGGUGUAAAUAUACUUGGGAUCAGAGUUUGAGUCAGGGAAAUGAGAAAAGAUUGCCUCAAGGUUCUAUCCUUAUUUGAAUUGAUAUUCUGGUUUUCAGAGUUUCCUUCUUGUUGACUCUGUACAAUUAUAUGAUACAAAGAGUAUCGAGGAAAAAAGGUGAAAGGUUUUGAAGUCCAACAAUAACUUUCACACAUAUGUAUAUUCGUGUGAAGUGUGUGAUGGUGUGAUUUAAUACAAGACUAGUUUUGAAUAAUUUUGUGUGGAAGAUCCCUGGUUUAUUUUGUCAUUUAUUAAUUGCUGUCCCUCUCCCUCAUGCAGUCAUGCCCUUAACUUUGUGGUUGCAAGCCGAGCAUCUCAAUGUAGUUCGGUUCAAAAAAUCAAACCUAGAGCUUGGGAGCAGAAAACUAUCACCUCCCACAUCUGCAGGUCAAUUGCUGGUUAAAUAGCCAGCAAACCUGAGUACCUAAUUUACCACAUCACAGCUGUGGCUAUGGCCUGAUUAUUCCGAGAGUUUUACACUCCCAAAUUCUAUUUCUAGGUUGAGGGGAUGCUGACAUUUGCCCACAAUUGAUGUAAGGUCUCAACAUAAAAGGAGACCCAUCUUCGUGAUUUCAAAGCAACAGAGACAAUGCCAGCAACAUAGCAGCAAUUGACGAAAGGGACUACAUAACUUUGUUGUAAGAAACUAAUUUGAACCCCUUCCUUCAUGUACCGGCUAAGGGUUUGCCUAUUCUAAUCUUGCUACUUUUACCUAUUUAUGGUACCGACAAAGACCCCUCUUUGCUUCGCAAUGUAGACGAGUAAGAACUCAGCAAAUGACAAUGGUAAUCCAUCGCCCAUUGUA